CCCACCGCGCGCCACGAGUGGGUCCACGUCUUCCGGGCCGUGCGGCGGGGCCAUGGAGGCGGCGGCGGCGGCGGCGGCGGGAGGGCCGAGCCGGCGAGAGCUGCUGGCGACGGUGGCGGCGCAGGAGGAGCAGCUGCGCGAGUACCGGGCGCGCCUGCGGGACCUCGUCCGCGCGCACAAGGGGCUGCUGGCGGAGCGGGCGGCCCUGGAGGCCGGCCUGGGCGCGCUGGCGGGGUCGGCGGCCGAGGGCCCGGCGGAAGCGGCGGCGGACGGCCCCGAGGCUCGGCUGGGCGCGGCGCUGGCCACGCUGGCGCGGGAGAAGGCGCGGCUGGAGGCGAGCUGGCAGGCGGAGCGGCGCGAGGCGCGGGCCGAGCGGGAGCGACUGGAGGGCGAGGCGCGGGAGGCGCGGGCGCGGCUGGCGGCGCAGCAGCGGGACCGGGCGCAGGAGCAGGCCGACCACGCCGACAUGCUGCGCGAGCUCCAGCGGCUGCUCCAGGACGAGCGGGCGCGGCGGCGCGAGGCGGAGCUGGGCCUGGAGGAGGCGCGCCGGGAAGAGCCGCGAGAGCUGCGGGCCGAGCUAGAGCGCCUGCGGGGCCACUUCCAGGCGCAGCUGCUGCAGGAGGCCGGCAAGGCCGCCCAAGCCGAUGAGCACCUCCGGAUGGGAGAGCAGCGCGGGGCUGCCCUGGAGGCCCGGAUCUCCGAGAUGUCAGAACUGCUGGGUGCCUACGAGAAGGCCAGGCAGAAGGACCAGGCUGCCAUCCGGAAGCUGAAGGACCGCAUCGUCCAGCUGGACCUCGAAAACAAGACCCUGGCUGUUGCUGCUUCUGGCCAUGCCGCAGUGGGCGUCGCCCUGGAUGAUGGCCACUUGGACGCUAACGUGUUGAGAGACAAGGUGGAGAAGCUGACGGAGCUGGCGCGAGUGGCCGCCGAGCAUGCCCCGUCUCUCGCGGGGGACAUCGAGGCUCUCUGCCCGGCUGAGCCCCCAAAGGACACCGAGUCAGGGGACUGUGAGAAAGCCACCAUGGCCUUUUAUCAACAGGAGCUCAAGCAGCUGAAGGAGGAGUUUGAGAGGUACAAAGUGAGGGCGCAAGUGGUCCUGAAAAGCAAAUCAGCCAAGGAUGGGAACCUGGCCAAGGACCUAGAGGAGAGGCAGGAGCAGUUGGCGGAGCUGAAGGAGAAGUAUGUUUCCCUUCGGCUGUCCUGCGAAGCAGAGGCCAAGCAACACCAGGAGCAGCUGGAGGCCAAGAGGCGAGCGCGGGAGGCGCGGGCGCGGCUGGCGGCGCAGCAGCGGGACCGGGCGCAGGAGCAGGCCGACCACGCCGACAUGCUGCGCGAGCUCCAGCGGCUGCUCCAGGACGAGCGGGCGCGGCGGCGCGAGGCGGAGCUGGGCCUGGAGGAGGCGCGCCGGGAAGAGCCGCGAGAGCUGCGGGCCGAGCUAGAGCGCCUGCGGGGCCACUUCCAGGCGCAGCUGCUGCAGGAGGCCGGCAAGGCCGCCCAAGCCGAUGAGCACCUCCGGAUGGGAGAGCAGCGCGGGGCUGCCCUGGAGGCCCGGAUCUCCGAGAUGUCAGAACUGCUGGGUGCCUACGAGAAGGCCAGGCAGAAGGACCAGGCUGCCAUCCGGAAGCUGAAGGACCGCAUCGUCCAGCUGGACCUCGAAAACAAGACCCUGGCUGUUGCUGCUUCUGGCCAUGCCGCAGUGGGCGUCGCCCUGGAUGAUGGCCACUUGGACGCUAACGUGUUGAGAGACAAGGUGGAGAAGCUGACGGAGCUGGCGCGAGUGGCCGCCGAGCAUGCCCUGCCUCGCGGGGACAUCGAGGCUCUCUGCCCGGCUGAGCCCCCAAAGGACACCGAGUCAGGGGACUGUGAGAAAGCCACCAUGGCCUUUUAUCAACAGGAGCUCAAGCAGCUGAAGGAGGAGUUUGAGAGGUACAAAAGGCCAAGCAACACCAGGAGCAGCUGGAGGCCAAGAGGCGAGGCGCGGGAGGCGCGGGCGCGGCUGGCGGCGCAGCAGCGGGACCGGGCGCAGGAGCAGGCCGACCACGCCGACAUGCUGCGCGAGCUCCAGCGGCUGCUCCAGGACGAGCGGGCGCGGCGGCGCGAGGCGGAGCUGGGCCUGGAGGAGGCGCGCCGGGAAGAGCCGCGAGAGCUGCGGGCCGAGCUAGAGCGCCUGCGGGGCCACUUCCAGGCGCAGCUGCUGCAGGAGGCCGGCAAGGCCGCCCAAGCCGAUGAGCACCUCCGGAUGGGAGAGCAGCGCGGGGCUGCCCUGGAGGCCCGGAUCUCCGAGAUGUCAGAACUGCUGGGUGCCUACGAGAAGGCCAGGCAGAAGGACCAGGCUGCCAUCCGGAAGCUGAAGGACCGCAUCGUCCAGCUGGACCUCGAAAACAAGACCCUGGCUGUUGCUGCUUCUGGCCAUGCCGCAGUGGGCGUCGCCCUGGAUGAUGGCCGCUUGGACGCUAACGUGUUGAGAGACAAGGUGGAGAAGCUGACGGAGCUGGCGCGAGUGGCCGCCGAGCAUGCCCUGCCUCGCGGGGACAUCGAGGCUCUCUGCCCGGCUGAGCCCCCAAAGGACACCGAGUCAGGGGACUGUGAGAAAGCCACCAUGGCCUUUUAUCAACAGGAGCUCAAGCAGCUGAAGGAGGAGUUUGAGAGGUACAAAGUGAGGGCGCAAGUGGUCCUGAAAAGCAAAUCAGCCAAGGAUGGGAACCUGGCCAAGGACCUAGAGGAGAGGCAGGAGCAGUUGGCGGAGCUGAAGGAGAAAUAUGUUUCCCUUCGGCUGUCCUGCGAAGCAGAGGCCAAGCAACACCAGGAGCAGCUGGAGGCCAAGAGGCGAGAAGCGGCUCUCCUCCAGCUUCUCCACCGCCAGGAGCUGGAGCGGUGCCUGUCGGAGGGCCAGGAGAAGGCCCUCCAACUGGAGGAGGAGAUGCACAAACAGCGCGAUCGGGCCCUGGCUGUCCUGGCGGAAAAGGACCAGGAGCUGCAGCAACUGAGGGUCCUGACUGUGCCCUUCGGGCUGCAGGCCCCCAAAGCAGCCACAGGGCCAGGUAGUGGUGGCAGCAGCAGUGCCCACAGCGACAGUGGGGUAGGUGAUGAUGCUUUGGAGCACCUGACCCUGCCUCUUCCUGCCCCCAACGAGCCCACCUUCCUGUUGUACACGGAGCAGCUGGCUCGGAAAGAGGUGGAGAUCUUGGCCCUGAAGAAGCAGAAGCAUCAGCUGGAGAUGGAGGUUCACCAGUUGCAAGAGAAACUGCUGGAGGAAGGAGAGAAGCAUCGAGAGGAGGUCUCUCUGCUCCAGGGUCACAUUCAGAAGUCCUUCAGGGACCGGAGCAGAGAGGGAGCUAACCUGGAGUACCUCAAGAACAUUUUCUACAGGUUCCUGACUUUGACAGAUUUGCUGGGACGCCAGCAAACACUGACAGCCAUAUUGACUAUUUUGCAUUUUAGCCCAGAAGAGAGACAGGCUGUCCUGAGCCACGUGGACAGAAGCAGCAGCUGGUGGCUUUCAGGGAAGAGAUGAACACACACCCACUCCCUCUGCUUGCGUGAGGCUGGCUUCCCCAUUCUGGCCUCAAAGCAAGUAGUAGCCAUUCCUAGCCAUUGGGUGGGGAGGCCACAGGAACAGCCAGGGCUCCCAGUUCAGACUCCAUCCUGAGUGUAAUGCCUCCCUGGGGCUGCAGGGAUUCAAUUUGGGGUCUUUGUUCUUUUUAAAAGACUCCUUUCAGGAGUCUGGCUAGUGUUUGUUCCAAUAUUUGUGCCAAAUGUGGAUUGGGGAAAUCCUCCGGAGCAGUUGAGGCCAACCAAUAAAGCAUCAGCAGUUGAAGCCUCUCCUGUGAGUGCCUGGGCUAGAAGCAGAUACCAGCCUUUAGACGGAGCCCCGGGGCAUUCCCUCAAGCACUGCUGUCCACCUCAGGGCAUGGAGAUGCAACAGUCCCUGGGGGUUGGUGAGCUUCUCCACCCACUCCGCACCAGAAGUUGCUAAGAUUCCCCACCCACCCACCCCGAUCUGGAUGCUCCUUGCAUGCCUUCUCCCAGCAAAGGAUUGGAAGGCAGGCUCAGGGCCCUGGUUCCCUCUUCUCCAUUUCUUUGUGGAAGUCAAUCUGUAUAGCCUCCCAUCUGACAAGGGUUACUCUAGGUGGCCAUAUAGGGUGGGGGGUUAUAGGUCUGUCUUGAUGCCCUUCAUAGCCCAGAAAAGACAGCAGCCCGGGGUUUGAUACCUCCAGGGUCAUCAAGCAGUUUCAGUUUGCCUGCUGGGUCUAAUAUGCACUUCAGUAUUGUGUGUGAAAGGAUGGAUCAUUACUGGCACCUCACAGCAGUUUUUGGCAUGGGAACUUGGUUUUAGCCUCUUGGAGAUUAGGCCAUUAGAGCACUAGCACUUAGAUUUCUAUACUGCUUCACAGUGCUUUUACCACCCUCUCUGAGCAGUUUACAGAGUCAGCCUCUUGCCCCCAAAAAUCUGGGUCCUCAUUUCACCAACCUCGGAAGGAUGGAAGGCUGAGUCAACCUUGAGCCGGUGAGGACUGAACUGCCGGCAGUCGGCAGAAUCAGCCUGCAAUCCUGCAUUCUAACCGCUGUGCCACCAUGGCUAAAAUGUGUGAUUUCUUGGGGCAGGUUCUAUGUAAAUAGUUAUAUUU